AGCCUUUUUCUGAUAUCCCACCUAAACCUUCCCCAGCUCAGCUUCAUACCGUUCCCUCCGGUCCUGUCACCGCCGACAGAGGGAAGAAAUCGGGGUCUGAAGCUCCACUUCUCCUCUUGAGGCAGCUGUGGAAUGCAAUGAGGAAGGUUUUCUCCUUGGAGAUGUGAAAGGUGAAGCCAAGAACAGCAUCACAGACUCACAAAUGGAUGAUGUUGAAGUUGUUUAUACAAUCGACAUACAGAAGCAUAUUCCAUGCUACCAGUUGUUCAGCUUUUAUAAUUCUGCAGGAGAACUGAAUGAACUUGCCCUGAAGAAAAUAUUAUCAGGCUGUAAGAAGAGUGUAAUAGGAUGGUACAAAUUCAGACGUAACACAGACCAGACCAUGACAUUCCGGGAGAGAGUUCUUCAUAAAAACCUGCAGUCACACCUAUCAAAUCAGGGGCUUGUAUUCCUCCUUUUAACCUCUAGUGUGAUGACAGAAAGCUGUUCUACUUACAGAUUGGAACACGCUCUGCAUCGGCCUCAGGAAGGACUUUUCCAGAAAGUUCCUUUGGUGGUUACCAACCUGGGCAUGGCAGAACAGCAAGGUUACAGAACAGUGUCCGGUUCCUGUGUAUCCUCUGGUUUUGUGAGAGCCAUGAGACAACACAGGUCAGAAUUCUUCCAUGAAGAUGGGUCCCUACAGGAGGUUCAUAAGAUAAAUGAGAUGUACGCCACCUUGCAGGAGGAACUGAAGAAAAUAUGCAUUACAGUAGAAGUCAGUGAACGAUCUGUAGAGAAACUCUUAGCAGAGGUGAGCCAAUUAAAAGAAGAAAUAAAGAGGAAAAAGCAACAAAAUUGUUCAGGAGAAGACAAAAACCACCCAGUGGAGCCAAAGGAGAAUGUUCUCCUUUGCCAGGCACUACAAACAUUUUUCCCCAAUUCCAGAUUUCAGACAUGCAUUGUUUCUUUCAAAGGCCAACAGAUAUCCAAGAACUGCUGUAACACAGACCAUCACAUUAAUGUCAUGGACAAACUGACUCUCAUGGUAGAGGAAAGAGACUUCACUGAAGCUGAAACAAGGCAUCUAAACAAGCGUAAGGGCAGGGAGACCACAUCAGUUUCAAAGUCAUUCAAGAAGUCCAGAUCAUUGCAGCUUCACCAAGAACCACUUCAAGACCAAGAGGACAGUGACCAGGAAAGGAAACUUACACUGAGUAGCACUGAAACAGAUGAGGAUGUGUUUGAAAAAAACAGAGAUGCAAAGGAAUACCCACACUCUCCUACUUUCUGAUCUGUCAGAUGACUUCAUGCCAAAAGCUACUGCUGGUGUACUCCAGUGAUGUAUCAAUCUCUAGCACUGCAAGGAUGGAUGUAACAGGGCAUUUUUGCAGGUUGUUUUUUUUCUGUUUU